UUGAUGUCAUUGAACAAGAUAUGUUGGAAAACAAUAAAAAUCAGAACACUCUUUUUUCUUUUGGUUUGCUGCACUCAAUGAAUACAAAAAUUAUUGUAAAUCAACUUAUUAAAAUAUUAUUGCGCAUAUUCACUAGCCUCUUCAGUGGAACCUUUUGAUGAUUUUUGAGUGUGGUUUCUCUUUCUUUAACAUCAUAAAUAAUUUAAAGCUUUCUUUGACAUAGUUUUUGCUUUUAUUUCUGCUUCUAAUGAUUUGUAAAGAAGCCAUUUUUUAUUGGCUUUCGUUAAAAGUUCUCAUGGAAAUCUAAAGCACUUCUAGUAAACUAUUCAAAAAUUCCCAGAAACAACUUUUAAGAUUUAAAAGCUACCUUUGGCUUCUUAGGAGCAAUGCCAAUAAGAGCUUUAGUAUGCAAGUUUAUACCAUAGCAUUUACAUAGUAUUAUUAUUGGAUAUGUUUUUAGGGUUUAUUUUUGGAUUAUAAUUAACAAACAGCAGCGUCGAAUACAAAGGUCAUUAGAUUUUCUUCCCCAUUCAUUAGAAGUUUUGAAUAUCUUCCAAAACCAAAAAUAAAAUUAUAAAGAAAUUAAAAAGAGUGGAAAAGAAGAAGAUAGAUAUUUGUCUAAUUUCCAUAUAUCUUGGAGGUACCAAGUUUGAAUUCAUAUCAAGUAAAAUUUUCCUCCACCAGUGUUGAAUUAUCAUUUUUAAUCUGAUUGUCGUUGAACCGCCUUCCUGCCUUUUUUAGGAAAUUCCAAGUACACCAAUAUUUGAAAUUACAUUCCGCAUUCGAAUAUGCAAGCUUUUCUUGCUCUUUUUAGCAUUUAAAGUGACCAAACUUUGACAAAUGGUCCUCAGCUUGGGAGUGAAUGAAUAAUGUUCCAUUUAGCAAGUUGUCAAGAAAAGACUAGUGUAUACGGUCCCAUUUUGUCACGUGGAGUUUUCCUACUGAAAAAAACUUCAAUUCAUUGAUAAUGUGUUUUCAAGUAUUGCAACACGGAUGGGAAUUUCGAUUUAAUAAGAACAUUUAACAAAAAUAAAAUUAAAAGUUUAAAUUUGUACUAAUAAUUAACUGGUAGAAGAACCGUAGGACAACUCUAUUUUUUAGUGCAUCGUAUAUUCUAAAAAUUUAUAAUCAAUUACAUAAUCAUUACUUUUCUUUCCCAUUAUAACAACAUAUGGAGAAGAUAUUUUGGACACACUUCGAUAAAAGGGUCGAGAGCAGAUCAAAGCUCAGAGAGAGAGAGAGAGAGUCAGUGCAAAAGUUGGUGUGUGCAGCAGGAGCUUCAGGUUGCAUAAGCUUCAUGGGUGGUGAAGCUCUUAUAACAACGUGGAUACACUGUCAAAUCUUCUGUUCGAGAACUAAAUGAUCCACAUAAGACAGAACGCUUGCUUUUGCUGUUUGGAGCUUAGGAAAUACUACAUUUGUUUAAAGCUGAUUUAUUGGACGAAUGAGCUUUUGGUGCUUUAAUUGAUGGCUGUGAAGGCAUCUUCCACAUGGCAUCCUCUGUAGUCCAUUCAGUCAAUGAUACAGGUGUCAAGAUGACAAGCCCUUCAUACCAAUCUACAGAAGUAUCCAGGGAGAAAGCAAAAAGUUUGGGUAUGAAUUUCGUUCCUAGGGAAGUGAGUCUUAAGGACACCGUUGAAAGCCUAAAGGCGAAUGGUUUUGUUAGUGUUAUAUAUUAUUGUAUUUGAACAAGAUAUGAUGGAAAACGACAACAAACAGAACAUAUCUUGUUUUGUUACCCCAAUUUUCCAUAAUUUGUUAACACUUAGGUAAUUUGAAGUUUUGAACCUGUUCCCUUCAAAUUAUUUCAUUUGGGUCAAAUAUUGUUUAUCAUUUUGCUGCUUUUAAAUUUGUCAGUAACAGUGGGAGACCCUCAUCAUCUACAAGUUUUCAUCCCUAUGGAACAUGAACUUGAGAUUCUAUAGCAUAUUUUGUAAAGGAGAUGUUCUAUGAAGCUGGAUAUAAAAUUACUCUUGCUCUUUUUGACAUUUACACUGACCAAACUUUGGCAAAUGGUCCUGAGCUUGGAAGUGACAGAUAGUCCACGUAACAAAUUUAGAAAAGGACUAUGUGUAACAGCAAAGAUAGGAACCUUUUUUGCCAUUUUGUCACGUGGAAAUUGCCUACGGAUAAGACUUCAAUUCAUUGAUAUGUUUUUAAAGAUUUUUUAUUCAAUGAUACUCCAAUACUGAUUGGUAUUUUUCUCUAAAAAGAAAUAACAAAAAGGAAAUGAAAAAGGAAAAUUCGUACCAAAAAUUUAGUAGGUGAUCUGUAGUACAACUUUUCUUAGUACAUUGGGUUGGUAGGUCAUUUUUCCCAUUUCUGGCUUUCAUUGCUUUCCUAUAAGUACAACUCCUAGCACAGAGAGAGAAAGAGAGAGAGAGAGAGAGAUAAUCAUGAGUGAAGGAGAGCAAAAGGUGGUGUGUGUAACAGGAGCUUCUGGUUACAUAGCUUCGUGGGUGGUGAAGCUCUUAUUGGAGCGUGGAUACACUGUCAAAGCUUCUGUUCGAGACCCAAAUGAUCCAACGAAGACAGAACACUUGCUUUCACUCGAUGGAGCUAAGGAAAGACUACAUUUGUUUAAAGCUGAUUUAUUGGUUGAGGGGGCUUUUGAUGCUUUAGUUGAUGGCUGUAAAGGCGUUUUCCAUAUAGCAUCCCCUGUAAUCCUUUCAGUCAAUGAUCCACAGGCAGAACUAAUUGACCCUGCAGUGAAGGGAACACUAAACGUUCUCAAAUCAUGUGUAAAAGUCCCUUCUAUAAAGAGAGUGGUUUUAACAUCUUCCUUGGCUUCAGUUGCCGUCAAUGGAAGACCUCUGAGCCCUGAUGUGGUAGUUGAUGAGACAUGGUUUUCAGACGUUGUAUAUUGUGAGCAGCAGAAGCUUUGGUAUAUGGUUUCAAAAACUUUAGCUGAAGAAGCUGCUUGGAAAUUUGCAAAGGAAAAUAGGAUUGACUUAGUCACACUGCAUCCAGGGCCUGUGAUUGGUCCUCUCUUACAGCCAACUAUUAAUUUCUCUGUAGAGGCUUUGCUAAAGGAUAUAACCGGUACGGGAGCUCAAACAUUCCCCAAUGCAGUUUACGGAUUUGUUGAUGUUAGAGAUGUUGCUUAUUCCCAUGUUCAAGCAUUUGAAGUUCCUUCUGCCAGUGGAAGAUAUUGUUUAGUUGAACGUGUUGCACACCUUAUUGAGGCUUUCAAGAUUUUAAAAGAACUGUACCCUUCCUUGAACGUUCCUGAAAAGUGUGAAGAUGACAACCCCCUGUUGCCAAUCUAUCAAGUAUCCAAGGAGAAAGCAAAAAGUUUGGGUGUGAAUUUCAUUCCUUUUGAAGUGAGUCUUAAGGACACUGUUGAAAGCCUAAAGGAGAAAGGUUUUUUUUUAAUGUGUUUAGAUUGAUGUCUUUGAUCAAGAUAUGUUGGAAAACAAUAACACACAGACCAUAUCUUGUUUUGAUACUCCAGUUUUCUGUAAUUUGUUAACGGUUAGGUAAUUUCAACAGGCACCUUAGCA